AUGAUCAAAGCGAAUUUGAUUAAAUCAAAGAAAUGUACGCCUCAUAAGAUUAUAAAAGAUAUUUUAUGCUCCAUUCCAUUUAACAAUCGCUAUGCAAAGCCAUAUUUGAAACUUGCGAAACAUAUAUCUGAUGACUAUCAAGUUACAGAUGUAGCCGAUAUUGAAGACAUUUCUAACUACCUAUUUUAUAAAGAAUAUGGAAUUAAACUAGAUAAAUCUACUGAUUUUGAAAAAAUUAAAUUAGAGAACACAAAUAUUUCAUCAGAAAAUACAAUAUACAGAGCAAUUAUGUAUAAUGACAAAGAAAAAUUCAUCACAUUCACUGGAAUCGAUGGAUUUGAUAAAGAUCAAAAACUUAAAAGCGAUUUAUAUCCAUAUUCUCAUGAAGGAUAUUCAUUACUUGAAUUAUGUUGCUACCAUGGAGCAGUUGAUUGUUUCAAGUUCUUAAGAACGAAAUUCAACUCAGAAAUAACUCAAAGAUGUCUAGAAUUAUCAUUUUUAGGUGGAAACAAAGAGAUCAUGAGUGAAUGUUUCAAAUAUCAAAAACCAGACGAAGUUUGCAUGAUACAUGCAAUUAUUUCACACAACAUUGAUUAUGUCACAUUUUUGAUGAAUGAGUACAAUUUAGAGAUCGAUUUAGAACAUUGCGGAUGGUAUAGUGAUCUUAAUUCAUUUUUAGUUUAUUUUGAUCAAACUAAUGAUAUUAACAAAUGUUAUUCUUAUUCACCUAUGUUUGAUAUUCCAUCCCUUUGUAAAUUUUUCCUUUCACAUCAUGCAAAUAUCAAUUAUAAAGAUAAAUGUGGAAAUACAGCUCUUUGUAACGCAGUAUAUUAUAAUAGUAAAGAAGUCGCCAAAUUUCUUAUUUCACAAGGUGCAAAUAUCAGCGAAAAAGAUAAUAAUGGAGAAACAGUUCUUUGUAAAGCUGCAUUCUAUAAUAGUAAAGAAAUAGUCGAACUUCUUGUUUCAUCUGGUGAAAAAGAUACAAAUGGAGAAACAGCACUUCAUUUUGCAGCAAAAAAUAAUAGCAGAGAAACAGUCGAAAUUCUUAUCACACAUGGCGCAGCUAUCAAUGAUAAAAAUGAAGAAGGAGAAACUCCACUUCAUGUUGCAGCAAAAAAUAGUAGCAAAGAAACAGCCGUAUUUCUAAUCACACAUGGCGCAGCUAUCAAUGAUAAAAAUGAAGAAGGAGAAACCCCACUUCAUAUUGCGGCGUCCUUAAAUUAUCAUAGAACAUCUAAACUUCUUAUUUCACAUGGCGCGCAUAUCAAUGAAAAAGACAAUGCUGGAAAUACCCCUCUUCAUUGCGCUGCAAUAUUUAAUUGUAAAGAUACAGCCAAAAUUCUUGCUUCAUAUGAUGCUGAUCUCAAUAACAAAAAUAAAGAUGGAUACACUGCUCUUCAUAUUGCAACAAAGAAAAAUAGAAAAGAUUUCAUCGAAAUCCUUAUUUCAUGUGGUGCAAAUAUUAACGAAAAAGAUGAUUUUGGUGCAACAGCACUUCAUACUGCAGCCAUUUGGAACUAUAAAGAAAUAGUCGAAUUUCUUAUUUUGAAUGGUGCAAAUAUUCAUGAAAAAACAAAUGAUGGAUUAACAGCUCUUUUUUAUGCACUAUCUUCAAAAAAUAAAGAAAUAGUAGAUCUUCUUAUUUCACAUGGUGCAAACUUCGAUUAA